AUGCGAAGAGGCACGAGGAAAGCUAUAUUUGCACUUAGGCAAGUUAUUGAAAAGAAAAAUAGGAAAAGCAAACCAACGUUCAUACCAUUUGUAGACUUAGAGAAAGCGUUCGACAGUAUAAAGCGGAAAACAUUAUUUCAGAUUUUGAAGAAAACAGGGAUUACAAACUCAGACAGAAUAAUAAUUAAAAGUCUCUUUGAAAACGAGACAGGAGUAGUACGCUACGGAGAAAGUCAGGAAAUAACAGAAAUUAAGAAAGGCAUAAGGCAGGGAUGUUCAUUAUCCCCAUGUUUAUUCAACCUAUAUACAUACAAGAAGCAGUUAAUCGAGUGA